CAUGUUACACGCUAUGUUUUCCGGACGGUUUGACACCAAACCUGACGAGGAUGGAACCUACUUCAUUGAUCGAGAUGGAACCCACUUCCGUUACAUCCUGAAUUACCUUCGCACAGGGGAGCUUGUCGUCCCCGAUGAUAAGACUGUUCGUCAUGAACUGUUGAUCGAGGCCAAAUUUUAUCACGUUGAAGGGAUGAUAAAAGCGUUGACACCAAAGCCUGCCUUUGAGGGGUCUGAGAUCCUCUCAAGAGACCAAGGCAAAACUUUGAUGAAGUGGUUGAAGAAAACUCCAGCCCUGGACAACGUCAGUAAUAAAUUAUUAUACCGCGCCUCUCGAGAUGGCUGGAAUGCCUCCAACUUUCAUUCCUGUUGUGAUAACAAAGGACCAACAGUUACAGUGAUCAAGAGUGGAGAUUACAUAUUUGGAGGGUAUUCUCAACAUCCGUGGCAGUCACCUGCGCAUGGUUCUGGAUCGUUUAAAAGAGCACUAACAUCGUUCCUGUUCAGUCUUGUAAACCCAGGUGGUCUACCACCAACAAAGAUCUCUCUGACACCUGGAAACGAAUCAAACUCCAUCUAUUGCCAUAGUAACUAUGGGCCUACAUUUGGAGGAAACCACGAUCUUUAUGUCGCCAAUGCACCGAAUUCUGGCAACUGCUAUACAAACCUUGGCAACACUUAUCAGUGCCCUACAGGUCAGGAUGCUCAAAAGUUUUUAGCGGGAAGUGGGAAUUUUUCUGUCAGUGAAAUGGAGGUGUUUGGUUUCAAGAAGCAAAACUAAUCGAAAGUGAACUAAGAUCAGUGGCUGUUCUUAUCAUAUCUCGUUUACUUUUUAUUUCUUUCCCUGUUUUACGUAGUCAGAUAUUAAAAGCUUUGCUGAGUUGUCUCGCUGGAUAAUGAAGUCGUUGUUCUGUCGGUGAGAUGGAUGUGUUUUGUUUUCAAAAUGAAAGGUGUAUGGCUACACUUUGUUGCGAGACGGACAUUUAAUAUAUGACAGUGUCUGUUUGUUAAUUAGGGAUCACAUCUCGUUAUCGAUGCUUUGGAUAAGUUUUGUUUUACUGUAGGCUCACCACAGCUUAUGGAUUCCAACGUAGUACACUUUGUGAGGCAGAUCAAAGACUGAUAAUCAAACAUUUAAAUUAUCAACUGAAAAGACAGAGCGUAGAAAAAACCCUCCUUAUCAAAUAAAUAUGAUAAAUAUGAUGAUGGAUUGAUGUUAUCCUUCCUUUUCUUACAUAGUCGACAAAACUAAACCGUGAAAACCAAAGCAAGAGAGGUGUAUUUAAUUUGAAAGAAAAAAAAAGCAGUCAGUUAUUAAAGGGGAAAAUUCUUGCAGCAUGGUGUUCUGAAAAUUUUCAUGUUGUACAUGAGGUCAAAUUAGCGCCAAUAGUUUCAGUUAAAUGUGUGGAUAAUUAAUAAUUAAAAAAGUGAAUAAAGUAUUCUUGCACUAUCGUUACACGGAAAUGACUACGCUUUGGGAUAUACGCAAAUUAACUUUUAAUAGGAGAUGAUAACAUUUAGUUGUCAAAAAACCCGCAUCAUGAAGCGAAUUUCAAAUGAGUGUCAAAGAUUAACGCAACAGCCAUACAGAACUUAGGGAACUAACUACUCUGUAAGAUGUUUCCAUCGCACAAGCCUGUAGAUGCAGAGGAUUCAGCCAGUGAUGGAGCCUUCCAAGAACUCCACAAGCACAUUAAUGACGUCCAUGACAUUCUGAAGCGGGAGACGAACAAGCUUCGCAAGGAGAAGGAGGCCUUUGACGAGGUGGCGUAGAAACUUGAACAU